UGGAUGUCCUGACGUCACUGAAAAAAAUCGCAACAACACACUCGCGGCAAUUGAAACAAUAAGAUCUUGAACCUACCUAUCUCUCUGCGUUCAUCUUCAAGUUUUACUUGUGUAUAAUCACUGGAGCUCAUUCACCAUGGCACGACCACCUUCAUCCAACGGAGACCUCCUCCUCUACGUCUUGGCCAUUUUCAUCCCUCCCGCCGCCGUCUUUGUCAAGCGAGGAUGCGGAGUUGAUAUUCUCAUCAACAUCCUUCUUUGGAUUCUCGGAUGGAUCCCAGGAACGCUUCACGCUUGGUGGAUCAUUUCCAAGUACGAGACGCCCGCCAGGGUCGGAUACUAAGCGAGUAAUCACCACAAUGGUCGUGCCUGAGAUCCUCCAUUCUAUGCCUCAUGUAUCUUGCUACGGUCAUCCUCAUCUGGACCGCCUGCUGCACUUCGAAUAUUUGUUGCCUGAAGAUCAUCGCCCAAAUGUGGCGCAAUGACGAUUUCUAUAUGACCAAGACCUUGCCUUCACGUAUGUUUAAAGCAAUGCUAAAUCACUCGAGCCGACCCCAGGAAUGCCCAUGCUCAAGCUCUGGCAGACGAAGUGAGGGUCGAGAAGUCGAGAAUCUCGACGAUCUGUGAGGAAGUAUGAAGACCCUGGGUUGGGACAUGCGUCGAAACGUGAAAUUUGAGCCAAUCUGGUACGCUUCGGAAGGUGACAGAGCGGCCAGAGACUACAACAUUCGUAUCACUCCCCUCUCUUGACAAUUUGCGUGUUGCUCUGCGCCCGGCAUCUAUGCAUGGGCGUUGUCAUACC